AACAUUCCUCAUAAAAACCCACGGACGUGCUGCAGGAACGCAGUGAAGACCUGCUCCAGCCUCAACAACACACGGGCUUCAGCUUUGGCUUUUCUUUUCCGGCAGUGUUUGAGCAGAAGGGCAGUUUGGACUUAUUCGUUCUCUGAGGCGACAACAACAGGUCUCUCUCUCCAUCUGACUGGGCAGGUCUCAGUGACCGAGGAUUGUGAUCAGAAAUGGAGGUGAAAAAUCACUGCGAGGAAAAUCAGCUGAAGAAUGGAGUGCAGAACGGGGUUCCGAAGGAAACACCUCCAGCGAAACCUGCAAAUCACACCAAAUGGAACCAGAUCUACCUGUUCCUGGUGUGUGUGGUGUUGGGGGGCAUUGUCAUUCUGCUCCUGAAUGCCUGUCACCCCACUGACCCUGCUGACCCCUGGACUCUGAUGGGUUUCUUUAAAGCUCCUCUGUGGGACUGGACGGCUUUUGCUAUAGUGCUGACAUUCACUGUGCUGCAGGGGGCACUGUACUACCUACCUGUAGGACAGGUGGUUGAGGGGAAGAUGGGCUGCAAUGAAAAACGACUGAAAUACAGUCUGAAUGGUCUGCAUGCGUUUGGAGUGUGUGUGGUGCUGCUGGUGUGUGUGUGGGAGUGUGGGUAUGUGAGAGCGGUCAGCGUGUCCGGCAGGGUUCUGGCGCUGGUCAGUGCCGCGUGUGUCAUCUCAUUGCUGCUCAGUGUGUGUCUGUACCUGCAGUCAGCUUCAGCUCAAACUCGCCAGGCUCAGGACAACAACACAGGCGGGUUCUUGCUGGACUUUGCUCUGGGCAGGGAGUUGGACCCUCGCGUGGGGAUAAUCGAUGUGAAGCAGUUUGCUAUGGUCAGAAUCGGCUUCAUCGGCUGGGGGCUGAUGGAUGUGUGUUAUCUCCUGACUGCAGUGGAGUCUGAGUCUCUCUCGGCGCCUCUGCUGCUCACCAUUACCUUCCAGUUGAUCUACAUCGUUGACUUCCUGAUCGACGAGGAUUCCGUGUUGGACACUAAGGAGUUCACUGAAGAAUCCAUUGGGUUCCUGAUGAUUUUGGGAGAGUACAUCUGGAUCCCCUUUUUUUCAACCCUUCCUGUUUACUUCCUGCUUCAGCGGCCCAAAGACAUCCACCUCCUGUCCGCUAUUUCCAUCAUCCUGCUCUUCAGUGUUGGAUUUCUGAUGUAUUACAUGGCCAACGAGCAGAAAAGCCGGUUCCGCAGAAGCCCACACCAUCCAGCGUUCGCUCAUAUGGAGACCAUUCGCAGUCCAUCUGGUCAGAACCUGCUGGUGUCUGGCUGGUUCGGUUGGGUUCGGCAUCCAAACUAUCUGGGGGACAUUCUGCUGAUGGUGGCGUGGUCCCUGCCCUGCGGUUUCUCCAGUCUGCUGCCGUACCUGCCCGCUCUGCAGUGCUUUAGCGUGCUGAGUGACAGGAGUGCUGAGAUUGAGGAGUCCUGUCUGAAGAAACACGGAGAGGCCUGGAGGGAAUACUGCAGGAGAGUUCCCUACAAGCUCAUCCCGUACCUCUACUGAAGUCACGGACAGGCCGCGUCGUAUCAGUGCCAGUAAUCGGGAGUGGGAUGUUACAGAACACGAGUCCGGGGAAUACAGAAUUUAAAUAUCCGCAUUCAGUUGAGUCCCAUUUUGUAAAGGCAGAAUUCAGAGCACAGUUACUGUUUACACAGUUAGAGAACCUUCAGAUUCCUGACCCACUAAAUGACCAAAUAUACAAUAUUUAUAGAAACAGCAUCUCUUCCUUAUUAACUACACUAAUCUCUGCACGCUGGGAUUCAGACUCUAAAGACCAGCUCCAUUAACAGCUUCUUCAUGAGCUGAAGUUCCUGAGUAGACUGAUCAAUCAGUGUGAUCGGUUAUGGGGAGCAGUAGUGGACUGAAGCAGGCAGCGUGAGAGAUUUCAGAACCUCAUUGAAAUGAUAGCUUUUCAUGAGUUGUAUUACGGAAGGUGUGUUCUAAAUGGGUUCUGACUGUGUUCUGAGUUCUGAGUGUGUUCUGAGUUCUGAUUGUGUCCUGAGUGUGUUCUGAGUUCUGACUGUGUUCUGAGUGUGUUCUGAGUUCUGACUGUGUUCUGAGUGUGUUCUGACUGUGUUCUGAGUUCUGACUGUGUUCUGAGUUCUGACUGUGUUCUGAGUGUGUUCUGAGUUCUGAGUUCUGACUGUGUUCUGAGUUGUCUUCUCGGUAUGGUGCUGGUUACUGUACUCGGCCGUCACAGCCCUGCCAGUAAUAAAGAGUAAAGGAGCGAA